GCUGGGAAGAGGGACGGGGCGUCGUCCCUCUAUAGGCCGCGGCGGUGAAGGUGACGAGGGGCGGCCGGCGGGAGCAUGGCGGCGGCGGCGAUACUGGGCUGGCGGCGCCCGGCCGUGGAGCUGUUGCGGGCUUUGAAGUAUACAAGCCGUGGCUAUGCAUCACAGCGUACUUUAAAUGAGGUGGUGAUAGCAAGUGCUGUAAGGACACCGAUUGGAUCUUUCCAAGGAUCUCUUUCAUCAUUGCCAGCCACUAAACUUGGUUCCAUUGCAAUUAAGGGAGCAAUUGACAGAGCAGGUAUCCCUGCAGAAGAAGUGAAAGAAGCAUAUAUGGGUAAUGUCUUGCAGGCUGGACAAGGACAGGCUCCUGCAAGACAAGCAGUCUUGGGUGCAGGUCUACCAAUCUGCACUCCUACUACAACUGUCAAUAAAGUCUGUGCUUCAGGAAUGAAGUCGAUCAUGAUGGCAGCACAAAGCCUGAUGUGUGGGAGUCAGGAUGUAAUGGUUGCUGGUGGAAUGGAGAGCAUGUCUAAUGUUCCUUAUACAAUGAGCAGAGGAUCAACACCUUACGGAGGAGUAAAGCUGGAAGACCUGAUAGUAAAAGAUGGGCUGACAGAUGCUUAUAACCAUAUCCAUAUGGGCAACUGUGCUGAGAAUACUGCGAAGAAGUUUACUAUUUCACGAGAGGAACAAGACACUUACGCCAUAGGCUCUUACACUAAGAGCAAGACAGCCUGGGAUUCAGGAAUAUUGAAAAAUGAAAUAAUUCCUGUCACUAUUUCAAAAAAAGGAAAGCCAGAUACAGAAGUGAAAGAAGAUGAAGAAUACAAACGUGUUGAUUUCAGUAAAGUUCCGAAUCUGAAAACUGUUUUUCAAAAAGAAAAUGGAACAGUUACAGCUGCUAAUGCCAGUACUCUGAAUGAUGGGGCAGCUGCUUUGGUGCUGAUGACUACAGAGGCAGCCAAGAGACUGAACGUCAAACCAUUGGCACGGGUAGUAGCUUUUGCAGAUGCUGCUGUUGAUCCUAUUGACUUCCCAAUUGCACCUGCACAUGCUGUUCCCAAGAUUCUAAGUGAGACAGGCCUGAAAAAAGAAGAUAUUGCAAUGUGGGAAAUCAAUGAAGCAUUCAGUGUUGUGGUGCUGGCCAAUAUUAAAAUGCUGGGUAUUGAUCCACAGAAAGUAAAUAUCAACGGAGGUGCCGUCUCUCUUGGACAUCCAAUCGGAAUGUCUGGAGCAAGAAUUGUUGUUCACAUGGCCCAUGUGUUGAAACAAGGACAAUACGGUCUUGCAGGAAUUUGCAACGGAGGAGGAGGUGCUUCUGCAAUACUGAUAGAGAAGCUGUAGGCCCGAAUAGUGUUGGAAACAAAGCCUUAAACUCUCUGAUCAAAAUGAUAGGUGGUACCUGUUACAUCUUAUUUAUCAGUAAGUGGAUGAAUUCCUUAACUGCUAUUCUAAAAUUUCUUAAAAUAUCAUUGAUUAUCGAUACGGACAUCCGGGCUUUCGCUGCUUUGACUCAGUACAAGUUUUUAUACAGUACAAAUAAAAAUGUCCAAAUAUGACAGUGUCUUGAGACCUGACAAUAAAGAAUGUUUGUUAACUGUG